AUGUUCACUCAGUUGGACCAAACUCAAGAAAACGAGAUCGAAGAGCUUGGAUUGUUGGGUAAACCAUCACCAAUGCCCGUUAUUAAUGUACCUCCACAAGUUGAAAGUGAGUAUAUUAAGCCUCAGAAAGAGGAGGUAUUAGAGCCCUUUUACAAGUUUUUUAGGGAUGGUAAGUCCGCAGAAGACACUAGCGAUUCAGAAGAUGUUAGCGAGGAGAUUUCAAUGGAGGAAGAAGAGGAUAAGAAGGUUUCUGUAGAGUAUUACGAACCAAAACAAGGCGAUUUCGUCGUUGGUGUAGUCGUUUCAGGGAACGAAUACAAGCUUGAUGUUAAUAUCGGUGCGGAUUUAUUAGGGACAAUGCUGACGAAAGAAGUGCUUCCUUUAUACGAAAAAGAGUUGGAUAAUUUGUUGUGUGAUUUUGAGAAGAACCCCGAAGAGUUUUUGAUGAAGGGCAAGAUGGGAAUCGUGAGAAAUGAAGAGGCGUUAAGUGGUGGUCCGGUGGCUGGGCAGCCGGUUGUUGAACAUGGAACAGUUUUGUUUGCCGAAGUUUUGGGAAGAACUCUUAGUGGUCGACCUUUGAUUUCCACACGAAGGCUUUUCCGGCGACUAGCUUGGCAUCGAGUGAGGCAGAUUAAGCAACUGAAUGAACCCAUAGAAGUCAAAAUUACAGAGUGGAAUACUGGUGGUCUUCUCACAAGAAUCGAGGGUUUACGAGCUUUUCUUCCUAAAAUUGAACUUGUCAAUCGUGUUAAUAAUUUCACCGAGCUAAAACAAAAUGUGGGACGUCGAAUAUUUGUUCAAAUUACACGAAUAAGUGAAGAUACAAACGACUUAAUUCUCAGUGAAAAGGAAGCUUGGAAUGCAAAACACCUUAAAGAGGGAACUCUUUUGGAAGGCACGGUGAGAAAAAUAUUCCCCUAUGGUGCGCAAAUAAGGAUAGGCGAAAGUAACCGAAGUGGAUUGUUGCAUAUCUCGAAUAUCACUCGAGGAGAAUUUGCUUUGGUCAAUGACGUGCUAGCAAUUGAUGAAAAAGUCAAAGUUUUGGUUGUGAAGUCGAUGUUCCCUGACAAGAUCUCUCUCAGUACUGCAGUGCUGGAAAGCGAACCGGGCUUGUUCCUAUCAAACAGAGAGAGGGUAUUUUCGGAAGCUUCAGAAAUGGCAAAGAAAUACAGGCAGAAGUUACCAGCUGUUUCAACUAUUCGAAAAUUAGAACACCUUUCAGAUGCUCUGCCCUUCAAUGUUGAAGAAAAUAUGUAUGCAAAUUGGAAAUGGUUCAAAUUUGAACGAGAUAACGAACCAAAAUGACAACUAUACCCUUUUCCUACUACCCUCAAUCAUCCACAUGGUUGAUGUACAAAGAAAAAAAAACAGAGUAUUUCACCAAGCAAUGGUGAUCAAGGUGAUCUUGUAUUGCAUUUAGGAUCAAUGUUGACCUUUUUACAAAAAGUCAAAAGUGUUUUAGCUUUAUUUGGUGAUGUAUUGUUUCAUAAACAAGUUAUGAUCUUUAUUCGUAUGUUGUUUGUAUAUUUUUUGUAUUCCUUUUUUAGUAUAGCUUGUAGUGUCCAUUGAUCAAAGGAAGUUGAAGAUCAUUUAUUGCAUUGAAGAGAUCUGAUGUUUGUUUGUUAACUAAUUUUAUGAUGUUAAAGUAUUUUUGCUUUCUAAGAGACAUUUAAAAGAAA